AGUUAACUACUGGAUCAUAAAAUGCACAACUUAAUCACAGAAGUACAACACGAGAGGUGUUAUGCAACUGAGUUAAAUUAAGUUUGUGUACCCUCUUCGAAAUGAGACACCGUCGAUGCCUUUACACUUCUUGGUUUCAGUCGUCCUCUUGCUGUUGGCCGGGGGUCGUUCUACCGUCCCUGUGGGGUCAGUGCUGAUGCCAGGGUCUACACCCUCCUCCCCAAACCCCAACCUGAGGGACUGUCUGGUCCACGCGGGCUAUUACAACGUCUCAGACUCGCCCGCCCACUACAACAACGACUUCGCCAAAGCGGUCCACAGGUGGUGCAGUGUCUAUGAAGCCGUGCUGCCCUGUGCUGAGAGUUCCGCCAAAUCUAAUCCUCUUCGGAGCCCCUCUGACUGGUUCUUCUCUCUGAUUUUCAAUUCCUCCAUAGCAAAUCACACGUCCUCUACUAUAUGCCAGAAACUUAGCAAGUUUGGGAGGAAGUUGCGCUGCAUGGGGAAGGCCCAGGAGUUGCGGGCCCUGAGGUGUGUGGAUUCUCUGACCAAGCCGAUUAAGAAGGCCCUGAUGAAGAUAUACCUCACCAACAUGUCCAUGGUGGACCUCGCGCAAAAGGCAUCGUGUCUGAUUUCAGCCGCCACGGCUACGUGCUUUAGAGAAAAGGUCUCUUCAUGCAGGGCAUACCUCAGGGACUACAUCGGCGCGUAUAACUUAAUAUUUGGCGGGAAAUGUAUUGCAUUCCUCCGAUCACGUGAUAAAAACGAGACUACGACGGACGAUGCACUGACCCCGCAGUCCUUGGACCAAGAAUGGAUGACCACAAUUCAAAAUUUGGUCAAUGAAGGAAACAAGCUGAAAAUAUAUCAACGUAACGAAAGUAGAAGGGGUGACAUUAUAUCGGAGGUAACAGACAUUCCUAGUACACCAACAGCCCUUACAACCCCCGGUUUCAUUUUCACAGACCUUGGAAUAACCCGGGCCAGUGUUAAACAUACCCAGACUACCGCUAGCGUAUUUAUGGGCACCAAAUCUACCUCCAGAUUUAUUUUUGACUCCAAAGGCCGUGAUUUGUUUCAGACGUCUACUGCGCAGGUUUCUGUACAAGGUCCAAGUACUACAGAUUCCGGGGACUCUGGGGACACGCCCACAGGGUUUGGUGGCUCCAUAGACAAUGUUGCAUCACGUGAUGGAUCCAGUGGAGGAGAAAUGAUCACUGCCCAGCAUAUCGCACUAUUAUCUAUUAUAACGGUUUCUGUAGUUCUUUUUGGGUACUAAGAAGUUUAUUUUUCAUCUAGCAUGGCGUCUAAAUGACUGUGAUUUUGAAAUUAGACCAUACCUCUUGGAAAACCCGUUGGUUACUCUCAACUACUCUACCCAUCCACCACAUAUUUGCUCUGGGGGAAGAUAAAACUAGAGUAGGAUUGUAUUGCUGAUGUAGUGGAUUUUUGAGUUAGGGAAGAACUGAUUUUUAGGAGUUUAGUGAGAUUUGAGUCUGCGCCCUCAUUGUAUCACAGGGUUUUAAACCUGUCUGAGUCAUAUAAAUCGACUCAUACAGUUAAUAUAUAAGAUUGUAAACAUGAGAAAUCCAUCCAAUAAAUAUGAUGUAUAUUUGUAUACGUAUUGAAUAUAUUCUCUUUUCGUUUUUUAAAGUCUGAAUUAAAUAAUGUUAUGCCUCCUAAGGGAAA